AUGCAAGAAAUACCGUCGAUCAGAGUAGAAUUGGUCAGACGACCAAAGCGAAAGCCAUCUCGCUGGAUAGCAAAGGUAGCAUCUAGUAAUGAAGAACAUCGAUCCAACUAUCCAAUUCUAUCAAAUAACAGUUUAAAUUCUGACCUAGAAACUGUUACCACAGAUUCACAGAUUUCAUCUGAGAAGAAAACAAAUCGGAUGUAUACACCAACAAUCUUUUCAUUGAAUAUCGCAUCAGCAACAUCAGAGAUCUCUUCUAAUUAUGCGCCUGCAUGGGAUUCUCAUAAAAAGUCGAAGAAGAAGAAUAAAAAAUGUCCCAAACCGUGGAUUAUCAUUCUUGGCGUUUUGAUUAUUUUCAUGAUCUUAGUUGGUAUAGCAAUAGGUAUUUAUGCUCUACUUAGAAAAAAUCAAUCGAAGACAACAAUAUCAAAUCCAGAAUGGUUCAGUACGAAUAAUAUGAUUGAUAUUCGAUAUUAUCAUACAGCGACUGUAUUAACCAAUGGGAAAGUAUUGAUUGCUGGUGGAAAUAAUGGCUCUGUAUUAGAUAAUGCUGAAUUAUUUGAUCCAUCUACAGAAACUUGGAUAAUUACUGGUAGUAUGAAUUUCAAACGAUUUGGGCAUACAGCAACUUUACUAGCAAAUGGGCAAGUACUCAUCGUUGGUGGAUUUGAUAGUAGUACUCAAUGGAAUAGUACUGAGUUGUAUAAUCCAUUAACUGGGUCAUGGAUAGUUACUUCUAAUAUGAUCGAAAGUCGAUCUUAUCAUACAGCAACCGUCUUACAAAAUGGAAAAGUAUUAGUUACCGGUGGGCGAGAUGAUAAUGGCGUUUUUAUCAGUAGAUGUGAGAUAUAUAAUCCAUCAACAGGAUUAUGGACAAGUACUGGAAAUAUGAACAAUGGCAGAGGUCUACACACUGCAUCCAUAUUAGCUAAUGGCAAAGUUCUUGUUGCUGGUGGAUACGAUAUUGGAGUUUUGAAUACUGCUGAAUUAUAUGACCCAUCUACAGGUAUCUGGACAAUUACCGGUAACACAAAUUAUAAUCGUUACAUGCAUACAGCGUCAAUAUUAAACAACGGAAAAGUACUUAUAACUGCUGGUAGCAGCAAUGGUGCUCUUCUGAAUACUGCCGAAUUAUAUGAUCCAUCAACAGGUUUAUGGUCAAAUACUGGUAGUAUGAAUUACACAGCGUAUUAUCAUACAUCAUCAGUGUUACAAAACGGAAAUGUUUUAGUAUGUGGUGGAUAUAAUANCGCAAAUUCGAUCGUUAGUAUAUUCUGA